AUGUCUCAACUUUUUCGUUCAGCGUGCCAAUUCUCUAGACCAUUCUUUACUCAAGACUUCCUUCGCCCUUUAAUUGUGUCUAAUGCUUUCUCCACUUCAUCAUCUCGAGAAAUCCAAAACAUCACCGUUUAUGGUUCUGGUUUAAUGGGUGCAGGCAUUGUACAAGUAGCAGCACAAAAUGGAUUCAAGGUUACUAUGGUAGAUAUCAAGGAAUCCCUUAUAGAAAAGGGAAUAAAUACCAUCAAAUCCACCCUUAAAAAACAAUUCAAGGAUGAUGAAAACAAACAAAAAGAAGUAAUUGAGUCUACUUUAUCGAACAUACAAACUAGUACUGAUAUUUCUAAAGGUGCAAAAGAUGCAGAUUUGAUAAUUGAAGCCAUCGUAGAGAAUAUUCAAACAAAACAUGAUUUAUUUAGAAAUUUGGACAAUAUUGCACCCCAAUCUACUAUAUUUGCAUCAAAUACUUCAAGUUUACCAAUUAUAGAAAUUGCAAAUGCAACAAAAAGAGGGGAUAAAUUUGCUGGUUUGCAUUUUUUCAAUCCUGUUCCAAGAAUGAAGUUAGUGGAAGUUAUUAAAACUGAAAAGACUAGUGAUGAGACAUAUGAAAGUUUGAUGGAAGUUUCAAAGAAAAUGCAGAAAACACCGGUAACAUGCAAGGAUACUCCUGGAUUUAUUGUCAAUCGUCUUCUUGUUCCUUACUUAAUGGAAGCAGUUCGUCUUUAUGAACGUGGUGAUGCCACGUCCAAAGACAUUGAUACUGCCAUGAAGUUGGGAGCUGGUAUGCCAAUGGGACCUUUUGAAUUAUCUGAUUUUGUUGGAUUGGAUACGCUCAAAUCUAUUGUCGAUGGUUGGAAAGAAAAGAAAAGUGUUGAUGCUAACCUUGUUGCAUCGUGUAAAGUAUUGGAUAAUCUUGUUAGGGAAGGAAAGCUUGGACGCAAAAGUGGCGAAGGCUUCUAUAAAUACCCUUCUAAAUAA